UCUUCAGAGUUUAUUCUAUCAAUAUUUCCAGAAUCAUAAUUUUGAUCAUUGUCUGGAUCCAGCAUUGUAUUUAUGACUAAGGACGAAUAUGAAAGUCCUCAGAAUUUCUAUGCAUUCCAAUAUAUUAUCAGAAAGUGUUUUUUAAAACAAGUCAAAAUUAUAUUUGGUUUCAAUUUAAUCACAUUGUUCAAUACAUCAUAUUUUUAUAAAGUGUUUGUUCAGAAGUCAGCAAUACUGAUCAAGAAGCUCUGACAUUACACAUUUGAUUGACACAGGAAAGUGUUAAAUGCGUUAACAUAAUGGCCAACGCGAUUUCGACAGUGGAUCCGAAGGAGAUCGAUCAUCACUCUGAUUGGAAGCAUUUCUGGUGGGAUGUAGACGGAAAAGCAAAAUUACUUCACGCAUUUAAUCCCGUCAGACUAGAAUUCAUUAGAAAAGGGUUGGCCGAUAUCGAUUUCGAAUCACGGAAUCCAACUCUUCCGCUGAACGGAAUCAAAAUCGCGGAUAUCGGCUGUGGCGGUGGUAUAUUGACCGAGUUUCUGGCUAGAGCAGGAGCGCAGGUGACUGGGAUCGAUGCAGCUACAGAUUUGAUUGACGUUGCUAAAGAGCAUGUGCAACUGGAUCCUACUAUAUCAGAUCGAGUUAAUUACUUCUGCACAACUAUAGAAGAGUUUUCUCUGAAUAACAAAGAAUCAUACGACGCUGUUGUAGCUUCUGAGGUUGUGGAACACGUGACAGAUCCUGAGUUAUUUCUAAAGGAAUCCGUAAAGAUUCUGAAACCCGGCGGAUCAAUUUUCGUGACCACAAUAAACAAAACUCUGGCGUCUUGGUUGGGUGCUAUUAUAAUAGCAGAAUAUAUCUGGAAAAAGAUACCUUGUGGCACUCACCAUUGGAGUAAGUUUAUCGCUCCUGAUGAAAUUGAACGAAUUUUAGAAAAAUAUGACUGCAAAACAAACUUAAUUGAGGGUAUAGUAUUCAAUCCCCUGUCGUAUACUUUGUCUCUCUCCUCAUAUAAAGGGAUUAAUUAUGCAGUUCAUGCAGUUAAGAAAAAGAAGAUUGACGCAUAAUUAAACGAUUGACAAUUAUGGCUACUCUUGUUUGUGUCAGGGACUUUAGUGUGUACGUGCGUCUACUAAGGAUCACAUUAUUAUAUAGAAAAAGUACAUAUUAAACUCGCGCUUUAUAACUCGAGGUGGUAUCCAUAUACUUAUAACAAUAAAUAAGGUGGAAUAAAAAAAGGUGGGAGGAUGUAUACAGGUGUCAUGUAGUAUGAAAAGAAUGCGUUUUAAUGUAAUAAAUUUAGUCGAUUCACUGUAAUACAAUAUUAAUGCUAAGGAAAGGAUAUACAGAAUUCUCAUUGAAUAUAUCAUCUAUAUCUUCUAAUUUAAAAUAUAUCAUAAACAUAUAACGAUACACUCGCACACAUAAUCACGAGUUAGAAGGCAAUAAAUUAUAGGAAGUUAUUA